ACACUAUAUUCUCUCUGUGCUUUGUUUCUAGGGUUUUCCAAUCAAGCUCCUCAUCUUCUUCGCUAGUCAAACUCGAAAAUGAGCCGACACCCUGAAGUGAAGUGGGCAGAAAGGGAGGACAAAGUGUAUCUUACUGUUCUGCUGUCAGAUGCUAAAAAUCCAAAAGUUAAUGUUGACCCUGAAGGAACAUUUACCUUUUCUGCCACUGCUGGUACAGACAACAAUCUCUAUGAAGUCAAACUGAAUCUACUCGACAAAAUUAAUGUGGAGGAGAGCAAGAUCAACAUAGGUCUGCGUAACAUAUUCUGUGUUUUGGAGAAAGCCGAGAAGAAAUGGUGGACAAAAUUGUUGCGUGGAGAUGAGAAGACACCUCACUAUGUUAAAGUAGACUGGGAUAAAUGGGUGGAUGAAGAUGAUGAUACUGGUGCACCAUCCGAUCUUGAUUUGGGUGGAAUGGAUUUCUCGAAAUUUGGCGACAUGGGCGGUAUGGGUGGUAUGGGUGGUAUGGCUGGUUUGGGUGGCAUGGGUGGUAUGGGUGGCAUGGGUGGCAUGGGUGGUUUGGGUGGUUUGGGUGGCAUGGGUGAUAUGGGUGGUUUAGGCGGCUUGGAUGGUAUGGGAGAUGACUUUGAGGAAUCUGAUGAUGAUGAAGAAAUCAACAAACCAGAAGGGAAAGCUGCUGCUGACAAGGCAGAGGGAGAAGCUCCCAAGGACAAAGCAAAAACUGCACCAAGUACAUGAGUGAUUGUCUUUUAACUCUUCGUCGCUUACAAAAUGCUUAUAUCCUUUCUGUCGGGAGUUACUGAGUUUGGUAGUUUAGUUACGUAAGACAUGUUUCUCUUUGAAAGAGAGAGGAUCCUUUUACCUUAUCAAUCUUAGUACUGAUGAGAACAUCGGCAUGUGUGCUCUUUCAUGUGGUACUAUAUUUCCGUCCAAUUUGUGGUGCUGUAUUUUUUAGCCGACCUUGCAAGUGAUAUGGGUUGCUGAUUGUUUGAUGUGUUUCAUUUAGUCGAAAAAUAAGUGGAACUCAUAAUCGGUAUGGUAAGUUCGAUUCUAUCGACUUUCUUCACUGGGUUUUUAUCCAUUGUUGGAAAUCUCUUCAAAUGAGUAUAAUGGCUACACAUCAUUUUUCUUAAAUUUUUGGACCAAGGUCUGUGGUCUGUAUGGGAUACAGGUUCCAGUUGACAUAUUUGCCGUUACUGAAAAUGGGGGCAAUUUGGGUCGAACCCACAUCCUAUAGUCUAGUUUUUCAAUAGUUAAUGUACAAUUGUAGACUAAAAAUUGAUGCUGAAGGUUUUACUUGAACUUUGAGUUCCAUGAUUUUGAUCUGGAUUUUAUCUGUUAAUCAAAUGCAUAGUUUUGAUUUGAAUCACCUUU